CGGGGAGACGUCCGUGGCUGCCUUUCUAGGCUGCUGGAGACUCCAGGGGACACCUCUGUGGUCGCGCUGGGCCAUGGGGGCCGUGAAGAAGACGCUGGUCGCAGUCGCGAUGCUGGGCGCAGGGGCUGGCGUGGGCGCCGCUCUCUUUGCUCUGGUGACCCCGGGAGAGCUGCAGAAGCAAGCAAUGCUGAAGGAGAUGCCGGAGCAGAACCCGCAACACAGGGAGGAGGCGGCCAGGACCCAGGAGCUAGUGCUAGCCACUCUGCAGGAGGCGGCGGCCACGCAGGAGAACGUGGCCUGGAGGAAGAACUGGAUGGUUGGCGGCGGCGGGAGGUCAGCGUGAGACCAGACUUGCCCCUGUGGGCGCUGGGACCUUAGCUCGGGCGCACUUGUCCGAGGCGGCCUUUCUUCUCUGGGGUCUGGACCCGGGAUGUCGUGCCCAGGACUCUGCGGGGCCCCGGGACCUGCAGCUGGGUGAGCACGUCCCUCUCCCCCCCAAACCCUGCACUGAUUGCUUUAACAUCCACGUCUCGGUCCGGGGCCUAGAGGGUGGUCGGAUGUGGUGAAUUGAAGGAACCAAUAAAUCAUGUUCUUCCACCCGGA